AUGCAGAUUGGGUACGGAAUACGUGGGGGACGUGGUGGCGGACGCGGACGCGGAGGAAACUUUGACUACAGGGGAAGGGCACAGCAGCCAUUUAUGGGAACCAACGUUGCGACUGAUACCCUGUGUGUCCGCAUAACGGACAUCCGUCAGCCCGUCACGGAGGACAUGAUGUAUCGUGUCUUCGGCAGCAUCUCUACCAAUCCUCAGCGCCUACAGAUCGCCCCCUCCUCGAACCCAAACGAAACUGUCGUCAUGGCGCAGUUCUCCGACAUGUACGCUACUCAACGUGUGAUGGAAAAUUUGAACAAUCGUAAUAUAUUUAACGACGGAAAUAAAAUGGUGAUGACUUACGCCACGUGGGAGCCCGCACCUGUAUUGCCUGCGCCCCCAACAGCUGUGUACGGCGCUCCCGCUGCGGCAUACGGCGGUGUGCAGCCGCAGCAGCAGCAGCAGCCCAAUAUCAUGUACCAGCAAGUUCAGCCGCAGCCAAGUGUUUACGUCCAACCGCGCUCACAACCGGCACAACAGAUGCCACAUGUUCCACAACCACAACUGCCACAGCCAAGGGCAGGAUUUGAUCAGCCACGCGGAGGACGUGGACGUGGGCGUGGUGGGCCUGGAGGUCAGAGGGGUGGCGGAGCAGCCGUGGGAUUUGACCCGAUGAUGGUGGGAUACCCGCCCAUGGCUUACCCAAUGGUGCCGCCCAUGAUGCCCAUGGCAGGUAACAUGAUGACAAACUACAUGAAUCCAAAGUCCAUGCAAAACACUCCUACCGUGUUUCUAAGUGUGACUGUUGUGCCCGAGACGGAACCAUUGCAGACAAUUUUUACUCUACUUGAGACUUUUGGGGGUGUUGUUACUAUACGCCGCAACCACAACAAAAAAGAUAUUCUGACGGUGAAGAUGGCUUCAAUCCCGGAGGCCGAUAAUGUUGUGCAACACGUACGAAAGGUGCCCUUUGCUGGGGGGACAGUGAGCGCAAAACGUUUUCCUACUUAUAAUGAGCGGACACCAUGCACUGACGACGGAGAUCCGUUGGAUUCUGCGACCUCGCAGUAUGACUUUACAACAGCACGCCACCGCAGUCCUGGGCAGCGUAGUAAGUGUAAUCCUUCGAAUGUGCUGAAGGUCACAGGGUGUGCGGGAUACUCUGAAGCAGAUGUGAUGACAUACUUUACGAGUGAGAACUUCUUCCCGGACCGCAUCAUCAAGGACGAAGAAGGGGCGUUUACUGUUUACAUGGCUGAUACCGCCACAGCUGUGACACUUCUUGUCAAGUGCCACAACAGCGUGUGUGGAGAGGAGCGGUCAAAUGUUCUCUUUAUUGAGGGACCAAAAGAAAACAACGAGAACCAUACUGAGCAAAACUUAGAUGAAGGCGCCGCAAAGAGUUGA